AACCGAGCCAGGAAACACUCCCCAUCAUACCCAGCACCGUGGCAUCUGGAGUGGAAGUCUUGCGAUUCCAGGUCCCAGGGCAUGAAGCUGCCACCCUUCGAAAUACGAACCAGCUCCGGGCAGAGGAGCGCUUCUGCGAUGUCACCCUCGUGGCUGACAGCCUCAAGUUUUGGGGCCACAAGGUAAUCUUGGCAGCCUGCUCCCCGUUUCUAAGUGACCAGUUUCUCCUCAAUCCCAGUUCAGAACUACAAGAAUCACUCAUGCACAGUGCCAGAAUCCUGUCUGACCUCCUCCUCUCCUGCUCUACUGGAGCUCUAGACUUUGCUGUCCGUGACAUUGUCAACUACCCGACUGCAGCGUCCUACCUCCAAAUGGAGCACAUUGUAGAAAAAUGUAGAAGCCAAUUCAUUGAGCUCAAGAUUGGCCUGAAAGAGGAUGGAGUUGGUGGAGGGAUUGGAUUGACUGGACUCACUUCUACCAAGUCACUCCUCCCACCUGCCCGAACCCCAAAACCAGCUCCCAAGCCCCCACCUCCACCUCCUCCACCCCCUCUUCUCCAACCAGUGAAGCUGGAAUUCCCCAUAGAUGAAGACCUUGAACUGAAGGCAGAAGAGGAGAAAGAAGAUGAAGAAGAGGAUGUGUCAGAUAUCUGCAUUGUCAAAGUGGAAUCAGCGUUGGAGGUGGCACAGAGGCUUGAGCCCCCCAGAGGCAUUGGUGGGAGCCUUGGCCUUGGGGGGAACCUUAACCUUGGAGGGGGUCUUGGCCUUGGAGGGAGUAGUGGACUCCUCAUCAAUGAGGUUGGAGAAACUAUUCAUGCCCCUGACAAUAGUACAGCACUUCAGGGGGUAGUGAAGGCCUGCUAGCUGACAGAAGACACAGAGGAGGAGGGUCUCUUGCUGUUUCCUGGAGGUCGAGUGGGAGAGGGCAUCAUCCUCAGGCUGAGAGAUGAAGCCCUGGGAGCAGCCACUGUGUCCUGUAGCAGUGGAGUUAGUGGGAGUUAUGGGGGCAUCAGGAGCCCUUUACCAGGGGGUUCCCCAGUGGGAAACCCACUGAAGAACAUCAAGUGUACCAAGUGCCCAGAAGUGUUUCAGGGUGUGGAAAAGCUUGUGUUCCACAUGAGAGCUCAGCACUUCAUUUUUAUGUGCCCUCGAUGUGGGAAGCAGUUCAACCAUAGCAGCAACCUCAACCGUCACAUGAACGUCCACCGAGGUGUCAAAUCACACUCCUGUGGUAUUUGUGGCAAGUGCUUCACGCAGAAGUCUACCCUACACGACCACCUCAAUCUGCACUCUGGGGCUCGUCCAUACCGAUGCUCUUACUGUGAUGUGCGCUUUGCCCAUAAACCUGCCAUUCGACGCCACCUCAAGGAGCAGCAUGGCAAGACCACAGCAGAGAACGUCCUUGAUGCCAGUGUGUCGGAGCUCAAUGCCCUCCUCCACUAGUUGGAGGAGGGAUAACUAGGGGAGGGAAUGGGGUGAAGUGAGGAGAUUGUUGAUAGAAGGGGGUAGUGGCCUCUCUCCCCAAGGGGAGGAAACUGAAGAGGAGAAAGGGCUUUUCUGUUUCCCAGAGGGUUAACAUACAUGCUGUAGUUAAAGGUAGAGGUAUACAAGGUUUGGGGCUUCCUUGGGGAAUAAGAAAGGGUUAGACCUAGCUGAUGGGGAUUAGCAAACCUUUCCUUUUGAUGAAAAAAGAAAAGGUUCCUGUAUUUUGGGGUAAAUGCACAGGGUGGGAGGGAAGACUUUUCUGGAAGAGGUAGAUUUUAUUGUGAUGAGGAUGUGAGUAGUAAAAAGAAAUGGAGAAGAUGGUUUUAUCAUAGGAUAAGAAAGCUAUAGGGAAGACUCUUAUCAAUUCAGUUGAGAUACGGUGGGUGGGAAUCGGGAGGGAAUCUUACCAAAGGUAUUCCUGUCUUUUGGUGGGAAUAGAGCAGAGGAAACCUCUUAAAUUCUUAGAAGGGCUACUGUUAGGAAGAAAAGAUUAUCUAGUCCCAGGGAGGAAGGGGUAGAGAAUGUUUUUUUGCAUGCUGGGGAAGAGGGGAGGGGGACAAGACUUUCGUCUCAGCAGACAAAAAGUGACAAAUGGUGACAAAAAAGAAAGAAAAGGUGAGAUUGACAAGUAGAAUAGAAAACAAAUAGAAGUAAAAGGAGGAUGAAAGUAAGAAGUUAGUAAGGGUUGGGGAGGGGAAAGGAGGAAAAUACCUAGAAAAGGGCUCUUGGGGAGGGUGAGGGAGGGAAACAAAGGGGAGGGAAGGGGAGGAUGUGAUAGAGACAUAUACAGUAUUUUUUAAGGAAACAAAGACAUAUUUUUCAGGAGUUUUCUGGAAUCUGGGGUCUCAGUUUCUGCUUUUAUUUUCCACAAAAUAAAAAAAGUUGUUUUUUUCUUUA